AUAAUAAUGGUGUCUUAGUGAAUUUAUUGAUAUUAAAUUAAAUUUAAAUAAAACUUGCCGAGCUGUAAGUUCAAUUCUUUAUAAAAUCCACCCCAUCUCUGAUCUGUCUCUUUAUAAUUCAUUUCAUCCUCCACCAAUAUUUCCCGUCCAGCAUUUUCCGGCGAGGGGAGGCGAUUCCUUAAUCUUCAACUGCUUCUCUCUCCACCAUCUAGAAUGUUCUUCGACCCCUACAUUGUCGGAGGAAUUCUUUCCUCGGUGGUCGCCGCCGUUUUUCUAUGGAACCUUCAAUCAACUAAGGGGAGAGAGAAAGUUUCCUCUCCAGAGAAUGGAAUAUCCUCUGUCAUGACCACUGCUGCUGUCGCCGGAGAAUGUAGAUCCGAUUCGGAUGUUAUAAUUGUCGGAGCUGGUGUUGCUGGUGCUGCUCUUGCUCAUACCCUCGGAAAGGAUGGAAGGAGAGUUCAUGUUAUAGAGAGAGAUUUAACGGAGCCUGAUCGUAUUGUUGGUGAACUUCUACAACCAGGAGGAUAUCUGAAGUUGAUUGAGCUGGGACUUGAAGAUUGCGUGGAAAACAUUGAUGCGCAACGUGUAUUUGGGUAUGCUUUGUUCAAAGAUGGGAAGGAUACAAAACUCUCAUACCCUUUGGAGAAAUUUCAUGAGGAUGUAUCGGGGAGAGGAUUUCACAAUGGGCGGUUCAUCCAAAGAAUGAGGGAGAAAGCUGCUUCUCUUUCCAAUGUGCAGUUGGAGCAGGGUACAGUUACCUCUCUUGUUGAAGAAAACGGGAUAAUCAAGGGUGUGAGGUACAAGAACAAAACUGGACAGGAGCUAUGCACCUAUGCACCUCUGACCAUUGUGUGUGAUGGUUGUUUCUCAAAUUUGCGUCGCUCACUGUGCAAACCUAUGAUAGAUGUGCCUUCAUGUUUUGUGGGGCUUGUUCUGGAGAACUGUCAACUUCCUCAUGAAAAUCAUGGACAUGUUGUUUUAGGUGACCCAUCCCCGAUCCUGUUUUACCGAAUUAGUAGCACAGAAAUCCGGUGUCUUGUUGAUGUACCUGGGGAAAAAGUUCCUUCAGUUGCUAAUGGCGAACUUGCCAAGUAUCUAAAAACUGUUGUGGCGCCUCAAAUCCCUCCUCAAUUGUACAAUUCCUUCAUGGCAGCCAUUGAUAUGGGAAACAUUAAGUCGAUGCCUAAUAGAAGCAUGCCUGCAGCUCCACUGCCUAAGCCAGGUGCUUUAUUAAUGGGAGAUGCAUUUAACAUGCGUCAUCCUUUAACUGGUGGGGGAAUGACUGUAGCUUUAGCUGAUAUUGUUGUUCUGCGAAAUCUUCUUCGGCCGCUGAAGGACUUAAAUGAUGCACCUAGCUUGUGUAGAUACCUAGAGUCCUUCUACACAUUGCGUAAACCAGUGGCAUCAACUAUAAACACACUAGCAGGUGCUUUAUACAAAGUUUUCCGUGCCUCACCAGAUCAGGCUAGAAAGGAGAUGCGCCAAGCUUGCUUUGAUUAUCUUAGUCUUGGCGGUAUCUUUUCAGAUGGACCAAUUUCUCUGUUGUCAGGGUUGAAUCCUAAGCCAUUAAUCUUGGUUCUCCAUUUCUUUGCUGUUGCCAUCUACGGAGUUGGUCGUCUAUUGCUACCUUUUCCGUCUCCUAAACGCUUAUGGAUCGGAGCCAGAUUAAUUUCUGGUGCAUCAGGGAUCAUAUUUCCAAUCAUUAAGGCAGAAGGUGUAAGAAAGAUGUUUUUCCCUGCAAUAGUUCCUGCAUAUUACAGAGCACCCCCUGUUAAGCCAUGAACCAAGAGCUCUGUUACAUACUGGAACUGCUAACACUUCCCUAAAAAUAGGGGCCGACCGGUCUGCCACUACCACUGCCACCAAGAUAUACUCGAAUUGUGGUCUCUGUAUAGCCAUCGUAUUUGGCUCGAAAAUUAAACACAAAUUUGGAUUGGAAGGUGCAUUUUUUGACAUUUUUCAUUUUGAUUCUAAUGUUCAAAUUGUAUAUAUCCCAAGAUGUAUCUCUAUAGGUAGACCUCGUGUUUCAACUCUUUUCUCAUUUGUUUCUAUGAAGGUUUUUUUUGGCAAUAAA